CCAGCACCAGCGCCACACGUCGGGGUGAGCAGGCUAGGAUGAUGCCGAGCCCCAGUGUCUGGAUCCUCCCAGCUGACACCUCAGACCUGGUGGAGAUGGGCCAUUCCCACAGGAGUCCCUGAACUGCAGAUACAAUCACAACAGACGCUUAUUGGUUUGCACUUCUACACUGAGCAGUAGUGAGGUUCAUCAGGGUGUGUGAAGGACCGGACGGACUUAAAGAUUCGCAAUGUCUUCCCACUCACUGGGAACUUAAACUUCAGGCAGCUUUGCAGGGAGGCCCUGGACAAAACUGUAUCAACUGCAUCUUCAGAGAAAUAUAAACACAGAACUGACUCUCUAGGGGAAAAGGUGACACCAGGCCGCUACUGGACUGCGGAACAGGUCAGGGGCUAGGAGAAGGGGUCUCACUGACCUCUAAGCCCUCAGAGAAUUCUGAGCAUCUAUCAAAAUGACUAUAAUCAUUGUUGGCACCCAUGUUCUUUUGACCCUACCCCAGUGGACAUGACCCCAGUGGACUUGGAGGGCUCGCUAGGAAGACAAGAGACUCCUGGCUAUUCCCUUCCUGGCCUGGAAUAGUCACUUCUAUGAGUAGCCUGGUUUCUUCUGAUUUUUGUUCCCACAUCCUUCACACAAAUGUGAAGCCUGGAUUUCCCAAAACAAUAGAGACCAACAACCCUGAAGUCCGCAAAGCGGCCAGACUCAGCGUGGAAAGGUUCAACAACUGCACAAACGACAUCUUCCUGUUCAAGGAGUCCCACAUCAGCAAAGCCCUGGUCCAGAUAGUGAAAGGCCUGAAGUACAUGCUCGAUGUGCAGAUUGCCAGAACUAUCUGCAAGAAAAACAAGCACCCAAAUCUGGACAACUGUGACUUCCAGACCAACCACACCUUAAAGCAGACUCUCAGUUGCUACUCUGAAGUCUGGGUCAUCCCCUGGCUCCAGAAGUUCGAGGUGCCAGUUCUCCAAUGCCACUGACUUCCUCCUCUCAGCAAGACUGCAGCUGCCACCAGCCUGGACACUUGUGCUCUCUACUGCCCUCCGACAUGGCUCCUCUCAGGCCUUCAGACAUAGCAUCUCCUAAGAGAGCCCACUGUGUACGCUUUGGGUUCUUUACAGAACAGCAGGGAAGGAAGGUGACAAGCCCCUUGGCUAGAUUAACCAAGUCUUCUUCUUAACUUAAUUUUACUUACGCUUUUCACCUAGAUUCAGGGUCUGAGCAUACAGGACUGGGGCGUCCAGCGGGAAUUACUGAGGCGCUCGGCCCUUGAGGGAGCCACUCGUGUGCCCUGCCCCACCUGAGUUCCCUAUGUGCCAGGGUGGCUGAAGAGAGCCCAGCCAGCCACCCUUUCCGGUGAAUAAUUACUGCACACCGGGCUGGGGAACCAAGUAUGAUGUUGAUUAUCUUGACCUUUUGUGGAUGAAUUAAGUAAUGAAUAAAGAA